AUGGAGUCGGCUACACAAGAAAGCUCAGAGACUUCAAGUGAACAAAAUGGUGAUCGUCAAGAACAAGUCAAAGAAGACUCCUCAAGCAAUACAACAAUUACUGCUAAACGCUCAUAUGAAUGUUCUUUUUGCAAGAGAGGCUUCACCAACGCGCAGGCCUUAGGGGGACACAUGAACAUACACCGCAAAGAUCGCACUAAUCGAACCAAAGGAAAGAAACUAGUAAGUUCUUCAUCAGUUUCAAGCAAAGCCAAUGAGGAAAUCAAGGAUUCUAGAUAUAUGAUACCAAAUUCAAGUGAGCCCAUAAGCUACUAUCCGCUUUUGGAGGCUCAAAGGAAUUCUGGACUGUAUUUUCAGCAACAAGGAUCUUGCCCUAGACUGCCAUAUAGUUACAAGCAUGGUAAUCUUGAUUUUCUUGUGCCAAGAAAUCAAUCUUUGAGCAUGAAUGAUGAGCUUUGGGGUACAAGUCUAAGCUUGCAAACUGGGCCUGCCAAUAUACAAGAUAAUGGAGGGAAUAGGAAGGUUUCUGACGAUGAUGAAAUCGAUUUGGAGCUUAGACUUGGCCAUGACCGCUAA